AACUCGAGAUGCGCGAGCUUCGACGAUGAAAGCAUCAGUAGCAGGGAAAGUGGAAUUUCGUCUCAAAAAGGAUGCCUGUUGGUUACCGUUAAUUUUUAUGAGCAUAUCUUAUUUACUCCGCAUCAUUUCAAGAUAAGAUGAACUUCCUUUGUUCGUCUUCUGUCGGUGAGAUUUUGACUAUAUAGUGUAGUUAACGUACAGUUUAACAAUCUGCAAAAGUGUUUUAUUUCCCUGUUGACUUGCUUUAAAAGUUACCAUUAACAUUAGUGGCAGGCUUGAAUUUGCUUUUUGCGAUAGCGGUAUCCUCAGAUAUGAAUACCAAACGGAGCUUACAAAUUUGUUUGUGAUGGGCUGGGAGGUUUUUUAUUUGGGCUGCUGAGCCCUGAAACUUUAUUCUCGCGCUGUGAAGACAAUUGCAAAGAUUUGACCACAACAUUCGCAGCAUGAACUUAAACUCUUCACGGAGCUUUUCGUGAAUGGUAUGCUCCGAGUUUAGGAUCGUGCAAGAAAAGUAAACACCAGCUGACUUACCUUAAAAAAGCAAGAAAGUGAGAAAGCGAAGCGAAGCGAAGAUGUUUUCUGGAGAAGCUAAUUUCAGUAACACUUCAAACGGCACGGAUGAGGACGUGCUAUCGGCGCUAGAUGAUGACUGGAGCGACACUCCGGCUGAGAAACUGUCACGGACGGGACACAAUGUGGUCGCCGUAAUUUUGGGAUCUAUUCUGGUAUUCGGGAUCCUGAACAAUUUCAUCGUGCUGGUUCUGUUUUGUAAAUUCAAGACCCUGCGGACUCCUGUAAACAUGCUUCUGCUCAACAUCAGUGUGAGUGACAUGCUCGUCUGUCUGUUCGGAACCACGCUUAGCUUCGCGGCCAGUAUCCGCGGCAGGUGGCUGGUGGGGAAACACGGGUGCAUGUGGUACGGCUUCGUCAACUCAUGCUUUGGGAUUGUAUCAUUGAUCUCUCUUGCAAUCCUUUCGUAUGAUCGUUACAGCACUUUAACGGUUUACAACAAGAGGGCCCCAGACUACAGCAAACCCUUGUUAGCUGUCGGGGGCUCCUGGCUGUACUCAUUGUUCUGGACAGUUCCCCCCUUGCUGGGCUGGAGUAGCUAUGGACUGGAAGGGGCAGGAACCAGCUGUUCGGUUACAUGGACAGCCAACACCCCGCAGUCGCAUGCCUAUAUCAUCUGUCUGUUCAUUUUCUGUUUGGGAAUCCCCGUGCUGGUCAUGGUGUACUGUUACAGCCGGCUUCUCUGUGCUGUCAAACAGGUAGGGCAUAUUAGAAAGACAGCAGCACGGCGGAGAGAGUACCAUAUAUUAUUUAUGGUCAUCACUACAGUGGUCUGCUACCUUUUGUGUUGGAUGCCUUAUGGGGUUGUUGCAAUGAUGGCCACGUUUGGACGUCCAGGAAUCAUCACUCCCAUUGCGAGCGUGGUGCCAUCCCUCCUUGCUAAAAGCAGCACAGUCAUCAACCCUGUGAUUUACAUCCUCAUGAACAAACAGUUUUACAGGUGCUUCCUCAUCCUGUUUCAUUGCAAACACAGCUCUCUAGAGAAUGGACAGUCAUCUAUGCCUUCAAGAACUACUGGCAUCCAGCUCAACCGAAGAGCUUAUAGCAACCCAGUGGCUAGCAAUGCACCUCCAUCCAUUGGUCUCCAAAAGGAGUGCAGCACCCCUGUCUCGGGCUGCUGAACCAAUCCAUACAAAAUCACAUCUUGAUGUUCCAGCCCCAUUCUAAACCUACAUGUACAUACUGUCACAAAAGAUGCCAAGACAGAAAUCAUCUGUGUAGUGUUGUCGAGUGCCUACAAAUCAAAAGCUGAAAGAAAAAAAAAAUCAUAACUAAAGUGAUCUCUAUAGAUGUGUUUGUGAUGACAAACUGUUGUUUAACCUAACUCACACCAUUUUAAGUAAGUAUUUGUGUCAAUAUAAAUGUUACAAAGAGUGAGAAAAGUGCAAACAGCCACUGGUGACUUGUUAAAAUGGAUGUUUAGAUCAUGUGCUGGUGCAGUACUUCUGAAUGUGCUUACCCCCAUGUUGUCUGUAUGUUCCCAACCCAUUUAAGGCCAGGUCUGAAUAAGAGGUUGAAUGAAUCUAUUAAUUUAAAGGAAGCUGGAAAAUCUGCUAAAAUCCCCAACACAUGACUGCUUUGUUCUUUUUUUUUUUUCUACUCUGCCCCUAAUCACACCAUUAUCUGCUGGAGAUCAAGCAUGGUGACAUUUGGAUCAUUAGUCACAUCAUUGCUUCAAAUGAGUCCGGUGAUCUAAGACAGUAUUUCCAAACUUGGUCACUAGUGGCAAUGAUAAAUGAAGAGUUUACUCAAAAUUCUGUCAAUUACUUACCCUCAUGUCAUUUUAAACUCUUAACUAAUUUAAGUGUCUUAUCUGGUUGGGGGAAUAUAGUACAAUGGCAGCAUUUAUAAUAUAUAUAAUUUUCAAGUUUUGGUGUAAAAUAGUUUAGCAGCUGCAUUUCAUUGCAGACAUCAUUGCGUUCCUGUACUCUCCAGUCCAGUAGGUGGCGACAUACUGUCACUGUAUUGAAUUUGCCAAAACAAAUGUUCAUUGGAGGCUUCUCAAUCAGAAGGCUUAGUCCUUGUAAAGCUGCAUAUCUUUGCUGCCACAUCUUCAAGCUCCUUUGAAGGCCAUCUCAAUUUGAAGCAUCCUUGUAAGGCAGCUUGUGUUUCAUGUCUAUUAUGCAGCAGUUUUCAAAGGAUGCAUCAAGUGUAUCCUUUGUGCCCUCCCAUCACAUAUAACAUCAUAUACAGUAAUGAUAAAGAUUUUUAAUAUAAAACAUUUUUCCAAAGUUAUUUUUUUAUAUAUAUUUUUUUUUCCGUUUUAUUAAUCAGUAUUUAUUGAUAAGAGAAGAAGUGAAUAAAAGGGACUACAGAGAAUUAAACACCGCAUCACACCAAAGAAUUAAACUCAUCUACUCACUGGCCUGCUUUAACAGCCUCAUCGUGUUUAUAAUCACUCGCUUGCAAACAUAAUUUUGAAGACUGAAGGAAUUGUUUAAAGCUUAAAUAAUUCAACUGUGAUGUAGUUUGUUCUUGUUCUAUGUUUAAUUUUUUAUUUCUGGCAAUUGCAUUUAGGCUUCAAAAUUCAUAAUACUGUUGUGUUCAUUUGUGCAGAUUAUUAUGAUAAAAAAAAACAGACAGAUCCUACUCAUUUUUUUUAGGCAACCAAAAAAUUAUAAUAAUAGUAAAUUAAUGAAUGCUGGCCGACAAAAAUACGCCAUCACUGCAGCACUCUGUUGGGAAGCUAAUUUUUGGGAAGCUAAUCUAAUUUUGUUAUUCAAAGAAGCAAGUGAGUCAUGAUUUUGUAACAGCAUGAAGGUGGAAUAAAUGAUGACAAUUUUGUAGAACAAAUCCAUUAGGUCAAAGUCAAAAUGGUGUUAAAGGUACAAUCAACCAUCACUCACUCAAAACAAUGAAUGACAAAAAGUAGUCCUCUCUUAAUAGCAGAUACUGGAUUGCGCCUUUUAGAUAGCACAUACAUGUAUGUUUGACAGGUUUAGGAAUGUUAAUUAUCUGUUUGAGAACCAUCAGCUUGAUUUACACAGACUUUCAGAUUAUAUGUCAGUCAUCUAAAAAAUAAAUAAAAGUCUGGAACCUUUGUUAAA